AAUGCCGGGAGAUAGAACCAGCAGGACUAAGUCAAGACGUUCAUGGGUAUUUCAUGUUGUCAUUGCCGUUGUCAUGGUGGCGACGGGAAGUCUGAACACGUUGGCAAUGAAAUGGGCUGAUGUGACGAGUGCACCCGGUCAGAAAGGUGUGUACCAAGAACAUCUCUGUGAUUCUCUUUAUGGCGAUAUGCCAUGUCCUGGCGAUGAUCGUUCACCCAAUAAAUCACACAAUCAUUCAUUCGACCAUCCAUUUUUUCAGGCUCUUUGUAUGUUUUUUGGGGAGGUGACUUGCUUUUUGGCUUUUAAAGUGAUUGUAACCUGGAAACGAUUUCAGGGCAAGGCAACAAACAAGGCAAAGCCAUUCAAUCCUCUUAUCUUUUUGUUUCCUGCGUGUUGUGAUAUGACUGGCUCGUCUAUAAUGAUCGCUGGUCUCACUAUGACGUACGCGUCUAGUUUCCAGAUGCUUCGUGGUGCUGUUAUGAUCUUUACUGGUCUCUUGUCUGUUGCAUUUCUUAAUGAACGUUUGCGUAAACAUCAUUGGUUCGGGAUGAUGUUUGUCGUCGCUGGAUUACUUGUGAUUGGUGUGGGUGAUACAUUGUAUGGAGGCGAUAAAGGACUUGACAAGACGUCUCAGUUGACUGGAGAUUUACUCAUCGUGACUUCUCAAGUCAUCAUAGCUGUACAAAUGACGUAUGAACAAAAGUUUAUUGUCAAGUAUGACGUGCCACCACUUCAGGCUGUUGGAUGGGAAGGCAUCUGGGGUUUCACUGUACUCGGACUGCUGCAAUUUGCAUUUUAUUUUAUUCCAGUAUCUUUCUCAUCUGUCCGUCCUGCACGUCUGGAAAACGUUAUUGAUGCUGUUUAUCAGAUUGGAAACAGUCGGACCCUCAUUAUUGCUACAAUCGGACUCAUUCUCAGCAUAUCGUUCUUUAACUUCUCCGGCAUUACUGUCACCAAGGAAAUGAAUGCGACUACUCGUAUGGUCUUGGAUAGUGUGAGAACUCUCUUUAUUUGGAUCGUGAGUCUCAGCAUUGGAUGGGACAGCUUUCAACCUCUUCAGCCCGUUGGUUAUGUAUUUCUUGUAUGUGGUACAUUUAUCUACUAUAAUCUGGUGUUUGUACCUCUUUGGGGGUGGAUCAUGAUCAAGUUGUCUGGAGCAAAACCCAGUGAGAAGAAACCACUGCUGUUUGACGCAGGCUCAAACUCGGGUCAGCAUUCUGGAGAAGGAGUGAAUUAAAAUUUAUGUCACUGCCAGCAUGCUGUGUGAUGGAAUGUUUAUGUGCUGCUAGUUGUUGCAAUUGUUUAAGGGCCAAUAUACUAUUCAAACUGCUACUAACUUUGUCUUAGCUUUGGUCAUUAAUAUUAACCGUCAUAUUGAGUAAUUACAUGUGUAAUUAAUGAG